AUGAUGAAUUAGAGAUAUAUCAUUAGAAAAAGGAGUCCACGUCCAGUAAUUAGAUUUCUGAAAUAUUGUCCUAAAUUGACACUUACUUCUCUAAUGACAAUUUAAAAUUUUUAAGGGUUUCCUUCCUCUCCUCCAAAAGUCACUUUGUCUAAUAGUAAACUACGUUAAUCCUUUAUUAUUUAAUCAAGUCCCUAAUCAUAGAUGAAAAGAUGUAAAAUCUAAGAUAAUUGUUAGAUUUGUCAGUGGAUGUUUACAGAUCAAAUCCGCCUUAAACAAUAUUAAAAUCUACACCUUUAUCAGAUAGAAAGUUUAGUUAUCUUUCCUUUUAAAGAACAACAACUGAAUAAGAAAGUCCUGCGAAAUAAUAAGAUAGCAUUUAUCAAAUUGAAUAUGCUGAUGAUACAGUUUAUUUUGGAUAAAUAAAUAUUACAAAAAGGCAUGGUAUGGGUGCUAUGUAUGAUAAAAACAAGAAUCUAAUAUAUUUGGGAUAAUGGGAUAAUGAUAAAUAUCAUGGGCUUGGAAUUUUAGUUAAGAAUGGUUUGACCUAUAAGGGUGAAUUUGUAAAUGGUGUUCUAGAAGGGUAAGUAAUAGAGGAGGGAAAUAAAUCAAAAUUUUAUGGAUAUUACAAAAAUGGAUAGAAAAAUGGACCUGGUACCUUAUAUGAACAUUCAAAAACUACAAAUGGGAUUUGGAAAAAUGAUAUUUUAGAUUAAGAAUGUUGA